GCAACACAAUAAUUGCUGAGUCGUCACGUGCUACACGGAUGCGGAAGUGCGAAACUGUUGUUUUGCUAAACGAGUGGCUAUCGUCGACACAUUUUUUUUCCCAUUAUACUGUUUUUGUGGUCGUAAACAACACUCAUGGUCAGGAUGACACAGAAGCACUGCCUGGAGGGCCAGGUGUACUCUGUGCCUCUCAUCCAGCCCGACCUGAGGAGGGAGGAGGCUGUUCAUCAGAUAGCAGACGCACUGAUGUACUUGGAGAACAUUUCUACAGACAUCUUCAGAAGGGUGUCAGACAGUGUCGAGAAAAACCGUCACCAGCUCAAGAGCAUCACUGACCGGAUCAGACUAGCUCAGGCCCGUGUCGACAAGAUUAAAGGCAGCAAGAAAGCCACCAAGGUUUUCUCCAGUGCCAAGUACCCAGCCCCAGAUCAACUUCAGGACUACUUGUCUAUCUUCGCUGGAGCUACAGACCCCUCUUCACAAACACGGCCCCGACACAGAAUACAGAAUAAACUGCGACCCUUUGAUGAAAAGGCUUUGCAGGAGAAGUUAAUGUAUUUCCCUGUGUGCGUGAGAAAUAAGAAGAAGACUGAGGAUGAGACAGAAGAAGGAUUGGGCAGUCUGCCGCGUAACAUCUCAUCUGUCAGCUCUCUUUUGCUCUUUAAUACCACAGAAAAUCUAUAUAAGAAAUAUGUGUUUCUUGAUCCUUUGGCGGGAGCAGUGACAAAAACGCACACAACACUAGAGACGGAAAAAGAAGAUAAACCAUUCGAUGCUCCUCUGUCCAUUACAAAGAGAGAGCAACUGGAGAGACAGAUAGCAGAGAGUUAUUUCUAUGUGCCAGACCUGGGUCAAGUGCCUGAGAUAGAUGUGCCGUCCUACCUGCCAGACCUGCCAGGUAUUGCAGACGACCUGUCUUACAGCGCAGACCUCGGACCUGGAUUUGCCCCCUCGGGACCCACACACAACAUCCCCGAGCUGCCCUGCUUCUCUGAGGAGAGCAGUGCACCAGGAACUCAGCUCCAGCUUGAUGGCACACCACCUCCGCCACCUCCCCCGCCCCCUCCUCCGGAGCCUUCCCUCCCUCCCGCAGCUCCGGCGUCAGCUCCUCCUCCGCCACCUCCACCACCCCCUCCUGCAGACAGCUCCGCAGAAGUUUCCCAAGUGCCAAGUUCAGGUCCUGUGUCGGGUGCACCCAGCGAGGUGGUCCAGCCGUCAGAUGGCCGUGCCAGCCUGCUGGAGUCUAUCCGCAACGCCGGGGGCAUCGGCAAAGCCAAGUUACGCAACGUUAAGGAACGCAAGCUGGAGAAGAAGAAACAAAAGGAGCAAGAACAAGCAGUGGGAGCGGCCGCCGGUGGUGGAGACUUUAUGUCUGAUCUCUUCAACAAACUUGCUAUGCGACGAAAAGGAAUAUCUGGUAAGGGUCCAGCUGGUGGAGAGUCAGGUGAUGCUCCGGCCGGUCCUUCUGGGGCAUUUGCGAGGAUGUCAGAUGUCAUCCCUCCACUUCCUGCCCCACAUACAGCGACAACAGACGAUGACGACUGGGAAGCGUAAUGGACAAACACCACAUUCGAUGCCCUUUGAUACAGUUAUUUAAAAUGAUUUAAUUUCCUUCUAACACAGAAAUACUAUUAAAAAAAAAAAA